AUGAAUGGAAACACGGAAGCAGCGUCGCUCUCGGGUCAGCGGACCACAGCCCCCAUCGGCAGCGGGUACGACUACAUCGUCAUCGGCUCCGGCGCCGGCGGAAUGCCCGCGGCAGCCCGGCUCGCAGAAUCCGGCAAGAAAGUGCUGCUGAUCGAGCGGGGCUCCGUCUCGACGUACCGGUUCGGCGGGCGACGCCGGCCGGCCUGGCUUGAGGACACGAACCUCACCCGAUACGACGUCCCGGGCUUAUACAACGUCAUCUGGCACAACCACGACGGCAUCCGCAAUGCCGACGUCGGGCCCAUAACGGGGAGGCUGCUGGGCGGCGGGCCGGCCAUCAACGCGGGGCUCUGGUUCAGGCCGCAGGCCGCCGACUGGGACGGCAUCGGCAACCCCGAGGGCUGGCGCGCCGCCGACAUGGCGGGCGCGACGGAGCGCGCCUUCGCCCGCGUGCCCUGGACCGAGAGGCCCGCCGUCGACGGCGUGCUGCACAACACAAAAGUGCACGAGCUGGUGACAAAGGGGCUCGCGGCCAAGGGGUGGAGGGCUGUCGUGGCCAACGACGAGCCCGAGGCCAAGCAGCGGACCUUUGCGCACGCGGCGCACUUCUUCAUGGACGGCGAGCGCGGCGGGCCGCUGCGGACGUACCUGGGCGAGGCCGCGGACAAGCACGCGGGCGGGAACCUCGAGAUAUGGACCGACACCACCGUGACGAGGCUGGAGAGGCGCGGCGAUACGGUCACGGGCGUGCAAGUAGAUGCGGUCGGGGAGGCGGGCCAUAGCGGCGUCGUCAAGGUAGGAGAUGGCGGCCGCGUGAUCCUCUCGGCCGGCGUGUUCGGCACCGCCAAGAUCCUCUUCCGCAGCGGCAUCGGCCCGCGAGACCAGCUGGAGGUUGUCGCGGGCGUCGAGGGCGGCGAGAUGACGCCCCCAUCGCAGUGGAUCGAGCUGCCUGUAGGGCAGGAGCUGGACGAUCACGUCAACACUGCCAUCGCAUUUGAGCAUCCAGAUAUCGUGCAUUACGAUUUUGAUGCCGCAUUCGACAACCCACCCCGGGCAGAUGCCGAGAAGUAUCUAUCCGGCCGAUCUGGUAUUCUAGCACAAGCAUCCCCCAACAUCAACCCUGUGUUCUGGGAGAGCAUCAAGGGGGCCGACGGCAUUACGAGACAUUUCCAAUGGACGUCGUACACGCUAGGCCCGCAAUCCGGAUCUGGAAACAACUCUGCCGCCCUCCAUGCAGGACUUGGACUAGGAAAAACAUCUCGCGGACGCGUCACGAUUGACUCGUCGCUAAACAUGGGCGUGGGAACCAUGCCAUACUUCAACGACGAGGGCAACCACGACCUCGAAGCCGUCAUCGAGACCGUCGCGCAUGUGGUUGAGGCCGUGUCUGCGAUACCAGGGGUCAAGAUGCUCGAGCCAGCGCCGGGGCAAGACGUGCGGGAAUACGUCGAAAGCAUCCCUGUGACAAUAGCCAGGACGGCAAACCACUGGGUUGGCACGACGCGCCUGGGGACCGAUUCAGGGCUGGAGGGCGGCAGGGCCGUCGUGGAUGUAAACGCGCAGGUUUACGGCACCAGAAACUUGCAUGUCGUGGAUGCGAGCAUCGUGAAUGGCAUCCAGACGGCAAACCCGCAAGCAGGGAUCAUAAUCGCGGCCGAGAAGGCGAUCGAGAGGAUACUGGGGUUGGACAAUUGAGACAUGUGCUCUCCCCAAUACAAUACUCCAAGAAAGAAAAAAACAAAACAAAAAAACACUCAUGCA